GCCCCGCCUCGUUCGCCUCUCGCUCCGCGCUCCUGGCCGGGAGGGGCGGCCAAGCAGCAGCCGCCGCCGCAGCCGCAGCCUCGCUUCCUCCCCGCCAGUCGCCCGGCUUCCUCGCCGUCUUUGCCGGGAGGCGCCCGGCCGGCCGCGCGCGGGUCCUCCUCCUCCUCCUCCGGGCUUCUUCGCCUCGCCGCUCCCCGCAGGGCGCCGCGCUCCCGAGAGGCCGGCGGGGCUGGGCCUGCCUGGCCCGGCGGCGCGGCGGCGGCGGCGGGCAGGAGGAGGGCGAGGAGGAGGAGCCGCCGCCGCUGCUGCCGCCCCGUCGCUCUUGGGCCGGCUCGCCGUUUGAUGGAUCCCCGGAUCGCCUGGUUCCAGCCAGAGCAGCUCGGCCCCUCGAACCGCCUGUGGAUGCAGAUCUGGGAGACCACGCAGGGGGUCCGCAACCUCUACUUCCAGCAGCAGCAGCCGCCGCCGCCCCAGCCCCAGCCCGCCGCCCCGGCCUCCUCCUCGACUUCUUCGUCCGCCGCCUCGGCCGCCUCGUCGUGCAGCAGCAGCAGCAGCAGCUCCCCGCCGACCCCGGUGGCCGCCGCCGCCUCCGCCGCCUCGUCCCCGCCGCCCGGCAUGUCCCGCGUCCCGCGUGGCGGCGACCCGCAGCCCGACUUUCUGCCGCUGGAGAGCGCCGGCCUGCCCCACCAGCAGCCGCAGCCUCCCCCGCGGCGGCAGGCCUCGCCGCAGCCGCCCGCCUGGGCAAGCCGGCCCGGCGCUCAGGCGACCCUCGCUGCCCCGCGCGCGGCCUCCUCUUCCUCCGCCAUCGCCGCCGCCGCCGCCUCUUCGUCUUCCUCGGGCCCCGCGGCGGGGCCUUCUCCGGCCGCCUCGGCUCCCCGCGCGGCUUCGCCCGCUGCUCCGGUAGCCGCCGCCGCCGCUGCUGCUGCUGCGGCGGCGGCGGCCAGCAACAAGAGGAAGCGCGACAACAAGGCCAGCACCUUCGGCUUCAACUGCACGCUGCUGCUGGGCCCCGCCGGGGAAAGCGGCGGGCCGGCGUUGGGGAACGGGCCCCUGGGGAGGCCGCCGAGCGGGCCGGAGGAGCCGGCCUACACCGGCACCCCGUGGAAGAAGACGAAUUACAGCCCCGGCGUGGUUGGCCUUCACGAAGAAAUCAAUGACUUCUACAAGUACAUGUCCCCUAGACACGAAGAGGAAAGAAUGCGGAUGGAGGUGGUCAACAGGAUAGAAAACGUAAUAAAGGAACUCUGGCCCAACGCGGAUGUGCAGAUAUUUGGAAGUUUUAAGACUGGGUUAUAUUUGCCUACUAGCGAUAUUGACUUAGUGGUGUUUGGAAAAUGGGAGACUUUGCCACUGUGGACCCUGGAAGAAGCACUUCGAAAGCACAACGUGGCCGAUAAAGGUUCAGUGAAGGUUUUAGAUAAAGCAACUGUUCCUAUCAUUAAACUGACAGACUCCUAUACUGAAGUAAAAGUGGAUAUCAGCUUUAAUGUACAAAAUGGGGUAAAGGCUGCCUAUCUCAUCAGAGAUUUUAUUAAGAAAUAUCCUGUAUUGCCAUAUUUAGUUUUAGUAUUGAAACAGUUCUUAUUGCAAAGGGACCUCAAUGAAGUAUUCAUAGGUGGAAUCGGAUCUUACAGUCUUUUUUUAAUGGCUGUCAGCUUUCUCCAACUACAUCCCAGGGGGGACGCCUGCACCCCCAAUGCCAAUUAUGGCGUCCUUUUAAUAGAAUUUUUUGAACUAUACGGCCGUCAUUUCAACUACCUGAAAACAGGGAUCCGAAUCAAGGAUGGGGGUUCCUACGUAGCCAAGGAUGAAGUUCAGAAGAAUAUGCUAGAUGGUUACAGACCAUCCAUGUUGUAUAUUGAGGAUCCACUGCAACCAGGCAAUGAUGUUGGAAGAAGUUCGUAUGGCGCCAUGCAAGUUAAGCAGGCCUUCGAUUAUGCCUACGUUGUUCUGAGCCAUGCAGUCUCACCAAUAGCUAAAUGUUAUCCCAAUAACGAAAGCGAAAGCAUAUUAGGAAGAAUUAUCCGAGUUACGCAGGAAGUGGUGACCUACAGAGAGUGGAUAUCCAAGCAGUGGGGGAUACAGAAUAAUGCCGAGACGUCAUGCAAUGGUAAUGGAGUGGCAUUAAUAGUGGAUAAUCAACAGCUGGACAAAUAUAACAACAACAUUUCCGAAGAGAACCAGUCCCUAGGAAAACCGAGAAAUAAAACUUCAGAGACCCCAAGCAAACAUUCAUCAAAUUCUUCAUCGGGUCCCUUCUCGUCAUCCUCAUCCACCCUCUCCAGCUCCAGCGACGUAGAGUCGGACGGCACCCCGUGCAAAACCUCAAAACAGCUGGGCUCCUGCCAGACUUCGACAAACAGACUAGCAUCUCAGGAGAUCUCCCUCGGGUCCUCUCAGCUGAGCGGCAGAAUGCCAAAUGGACAAACCGUGAACACAUCCAGUGUGACCAACAAGUCCCAGCACGGAUCCAUGAGGCUCUUCCGCACUUCUUCCAACAAAAGUCUCCAGGGUCCAGGAAAUUCCAGCCACGGCACCUUGGUGACGAACAAACAGUACCAGGGCACUAAGCCACAACAAUUUUACCACGGGAAAAAAAGGAAACACAAGAGGGACGCUGUGCUUUCAGACUUAUGUAGAUAGUUUUCCCCUCUUUGACGGUUGGACUUGUCCCCCUGUGUGCAAUGCUCUCAUGCUACGAGAAGAACUUGGACAAAAUGGCUUCCAAGGUCCGGUCUGGAGUCUCAAGACUGUUGGAACGUUGAUUAGCAACGCAUUUUAGGGUUUUUGUUUUUUUUUUUUUUUGGUUUUUUUUUUCCAGCUCGCCACGAAAAACCGAUCAUGAAGACUGAAUAACUGCAAAAAAACAAAACAAAACAAAACACAAAAAAAAUAAAAUAAAAUAAAAUAAAAAAUAAAACAUGGGUGGGAGGGAGGAGGAGGAAGAGGAGAAGGCUGCUUAUCCAAUAAGUCAUAUGCUACGACAGGGUUGUUUAGAUAUAAAAAGCUUGAAUGUAAAAUAAUUAUAUCCCGUCAGCUUCAGAGCUGACGUCUAGGGGUAGAUUACAGUGUAUUUAAAAGUUUGGUAAUUAACUGAAAUAAAACAAAGGAUUUUUUUAAAAAAGAAGAAAAAAAACCCGGGGGAAAUACGUAAUUCGAGGGCAACCCAAACCUCAAAAAGAGUAAAUUCUCAUGUGAUAAUUUUAAAAUUAUUUUUGCAAAACAUUUGCCAUUUUAUUGUGUAUGUAUAGAUGACCAUAUAGCAAAUUUGACAUUUGUAAUAGUGGAUUUGUUAAUACUUUUUACAUAACAUUACCGUUUAAAUUGUAGAAAAAUUUAUUUUCCUUUUUCUCUCUCCCCCCCCCUCAAUGAUUCAUUUAAUUGAAAACAACAUCAACAAAAGAACCAAAAGCUGAAUUGUCAUCUGAACAACGGACAAAUGUAGUGAAUGACAUAGCUCAUCGUUGUGAUGCUUUUCUUUUUAGCAUUGACCUGUGGGCACAAGUUGGUUCUCUGAAGGAAAAAGAAAGAAAAAAAAAAAAAGAUUGAUGCCAGGGCAAAUGCUUGUUUAUAAAAUAUACAAAUACAUUCUGUUGUCAACUCUGAUCUUGUAUUCCACUCUGGGGAAGGAAAAAAAAAAAACCAAACUUUUCACAAACUCUUUUUUUAAAAAGUGCCAUCAUCACUCAGGCGAUGGGAUAUUCCAGGUUAGAUUUAAUGGGAAAUCAUUGUUUGUUUGCUUUCAAAGUAGGAAACCAAGUUACUUUAUUAAAGGAAGGAGUAUGCGUUGCUGCAUUAAGGAAAAAAAACGAACAUGUUGAUGUCUGUAUUUUCAAGUCUUCCUUGUAAAUCCAUCUGGUGUGUUUCCACAUGCCUUUGGGGCUGCAAUUUUCAUUACGCUUAUGCUGGCUGAGAGCAAUGAGAGUUGUAAAUCAACAUUUUUUGAAAAGCACCAGAUUGGGGAAGGAUAGUGUAAUUCCAAUGCUGUUGUUUUUUUUUUGGCAUGCUUUUAUCCUGGAUUUAUUUUUUUAAAAGAAAAAAAUUCCCUUCUCUUGCAGCUUUAUAGCUCUUCCUUUAAAAAAAAAAGUAAGGAGAAUUGUUAAUGCAAAUGGUUGAAUUGUUGUGUUCUUUUCUCUUUAAGAAAAACCUGAAUGUUACCUCAUUCCCUUUUCAGAGACUUUUUAAUCCACCCUUAAAAGAGAAUUAAACAGUCUUCAAUAACGGGACGGCAUUGGUAAUGCUGUCUAAAGAAGCACCACGCCGUGUUUAUUCUUCCUGAAAUUCUCCCGCCUCGUAAGAUGGUUUCCUAGCUCACCCAGGCCUUGGAUUUUAAGACAGAAUUGAAAUCCGUGCUGUGAAUGCAGAAUGGAUGGGGUUGAAUUGCAGUCACUUGCUUUAUCUUGGGGGGGGGGGGAACCCAGACAAAGGAGCACUUUAAUGGAUAGAAUGUAAAAGUGACGUUUACUGUAACUUUUUAUUUUCUUUAAAGAGGAAAGCGUGUUAUUCCGAAUGUAAGAUUAUUGGGUGUAUGCGAUCUGGAGAAUGAAGACAUACCUUUUUUUUUUGAAGAGAAAUGCUGACUUUUAGAUGUUUCUUUUGUUAAAUUGCAGACCAACUUGGCACCGGUAGCGUGCAAGAGCUUUUUAAGUGAAUAAUAACUAUAAUAAUGCAACACGACCAAAAACUGUCAUGACUGAAAAAUUAAUAAAAUAACACUAGAUGAUAAAGCAUUUUGACUUCAAAACAAAGAAGAAAGGGGCGGGGAAGACAAAAUUCAAAUAUCAUAAUGGUCUAAAACCUUAGGCAUUUUUUUUAUUUUUUUUUUAAAAAGUGUUAACUUUACAGAGUUAUUAGUGAUGUUUUGUUCCAAUAAUUUUUUAAAAAAUCCAAAUGCCUUUCGUUAACUAGAAUUUGUUACAAGGAUUCACAUUAUGCAUUAUCAGAGUAUUUAUUUGGAGUUAAAAAUAUAUUUUAUAACUGUAGGCCUACCCUUACUCUGUUUUGGGAACAAAAUUCUAAAUUAUUUUAAUCAAGUAUUAUUAUUUGCUGCCAUUUUAAAAAUGCUGUUACAAAUGUAAUACACCAGUCUGUAUUACUGCACCAGACUAAAGGUUUUUAUUCAAUUUUUCAGAAAAAUCACCCUCUUUGUUGGAAACAAGUGUCCUGUCACGUUGCAGCGGUUGGUGUUCCAAUAAGCAUGUGAUUAUUUUAAUGUGGUGGUAGCAGGAAGAUAAUCUUGAUUCCAUUGGGAAUCUUAGGUUUGUCUCAAUUUAUGGUUUUCAUAAAUUUUAAUGGAAAAAUAGCUUUUCCUGGACUGCUGAAGUUUCAUUUUGUAAACAGUAUCUUUCUAACAGAAGAAGAAGAAGAAGAAAGCAUGAAGGAAAAAAAUUGAGGAAUUUUACUUGCCUCAACUAACCAGCAUUGGUAUUCAUGAAACACAUGUAUAUCUAGCAAAUCUUUUAUUUAAACCGAACAGUUGAACUGUUCGUCUUUUUUUCAAUCCGAAGUUUAAAAAAAAAAA